AUGCCCCAGGCCGACGAUACACUCGCACACCUCGCCAGCAUCUCGCUCCCCUCCCACUCUCCCGCCCCCAGCCAAUACACGCCCCACCUCGCCCCCGCCUUCACCCGCAUAUACGACGCCCUCGAAAACCUCAAACACGCCUCCACCGCCUCCUCCCACGCCUCCGCCGCCCAAACCCAGGCCUUCUUGGAGCUGGAGAGGACGGUCAGAGCGCUGAAUGCGGGCAUAGUGGAUGAUGUGCAGAGGGCGGUGGAGGAGGGGGUAAGGAAGGGGGUGAGGGAGGGGAUGGAGGGGAUGGUGCUGAGGGUGGAGUGGAAAGAGCCGGGGGUGGGGUGUGCGCAUCCUCAGCCUCAGCCUCAGGCCCAGCAGGGGCAGGGGCAGCAGCAGCAGAGGGAAGAAGUGAGGGCAGCGCCGGUGAAUGCGACUGCAGGCCCGUCAAGACCAGCAAACAAUACUUCCUCGCCUACGGCCUGGAACCUGAGCGGCCUAACAGGCCUCGGGAACCUAUCCAGCGCCGCCGAAACCUCCCAACUCUCCAGCCUCUUCUCCCUCGCCCAACAAUCCCAACAAUCCCAAUCCAUCCCCCAUCCCGCUGUCCACACCCCCUCCCACCCCCACCCCCACCCCAUCCCCCCGUCCAGCGACACCCCCCUCUCCUCCUUCUCCCUCAGCACGCCCUCGCAAAACUUCACAAUGUCCCGCGAAGUCAAAUCCGUGCCCGACCUCUGGAAAGAAUACACCAUCGGCUGGGACGGCCAGCCCGCCGUGCGCGAUAUCUACGAGGGCAACCCCCGCAAACGCCGGCGCGGCAAGCGCUUCCGCGACGAUAGCGAGCGGAAAUUCUACAGACGCAGAAAGAAGGUGUUGGAGAUGGUGGAAGCUUUGGUGGAGAAGGGGGUGGGGGAGGAGGAGGCGGUGGAUAGGGUGGAGAGGCUGAGGGAGAGGAGGAAGUGUACGCUGAACAAGUUGGGGGAGAUUAUACCGGAGAUGACGAGCGAGGAGAUUGCGUUGGUUUAG